AUGCCGAGACGGCAACUCUUGCUCGGCCUAGCUGCGCCCGCAUUGGCCGUGACGGCCGUUCCCGCGCUUACCGCUCCGCCAUCCGCUUCGCUCGCCGUGCACGCCGCGGCGAGGCAAACGCACUCCUUCUGCGAGGCAGCGUGUGGCUCGGCGGCGGCUCGGCAGCGUGCGGUGCGGUGUGGGCGCGUCGUUUGCGCGCUUUCGCCCGCCUACGACUCGACCAUGCGCUACGCCGCCGUUGACUGGGCCAAGAACCUGCGGACGCUGCCGGUCCUCAUCUGCGCGUCCCAAGCCUUUGGAGGGCCGCUGCCGCCGCUGCCGCCGCUGCCGCACCAGCUGCUCGGCAGUGCGCUCGGCCUGCUGCUGGCGAGGAAGCAGUGGGGCGUCGUCACGUCGGAGUGCCGCGCGCUGGCCGGCCACGCAGUGAAGAGCUACCUGCGAGGCGAGCGCGACUCGCGCCGCCUCAAGGCGUUGCUGGCGCCGUCAGAGGUGCUUGCCCUCGACGCGGUCGUCAACCAGCCGCAGUACGUGCUCGCGCGGCUGCGGCAGCUGGCGCAGGCGGCGCGGCAGGUUGGGGUGAGCGAGAAGGAGCGCGAGGUGCUGCUCAAGAGCGUCGGGGUGCUGGGCGAGUGCGUCUCGACGUGCGAGCGCAUCUACAACACGCCCAUCCCGCUCUCGUACUCGCGGCACACCUCGCGCUUCCUCAUCUUUUACGCCUCCACGCUGCCUCUCGCCAUCGUCGGCGCUCCUUCCGCCGAGAGGAGGCGUGGCCCUCCUCCCCGCGCACUCGGCUGGGCGACGGUGCCGGUGAUGGCGACUCUCUGCUGGGCCCUCUUCGGCCGCCUCGAGAGAGAGGAAGAGGCCGGGUCGGGGCGGCGGGAGGUCUGCCGCACGAUCCGGCGCGACGUGCGCGCCAUCGCACAGUACGCUGCGCUCGCGCAAAACUACUCGACGCCGACGAUCGCCCGCGGCGGGCCGGGGCCGCGUCGCGAGCCCACGUUCGAGCUGCCCGACGGCUUCCGCCAGCUGCGCGCCGUGCUCGCCACCUCCGCCGCCGUAGCCACGGAGGUCUCCGAGGCGGCGAAGAAGAAGGCGACGGGGGGACAGGACGCGUGUGCGGAGAAAGUAGAACCAAUCGAGAGGUGGCAGAAGCCGCCGUGUGUGACACAUAUUGCGGCACGCGAGCCCACGUUCGAGCUGCCCGACGGCUUCCGCCAGCUGCGCGCCGUGCUCGCCACCUCCGCCGCCGUAGCCACGGAGGUCUCCGAGGCGGCGAAGAAGAAGGCGACGGGGGGACAGGACGCGUGA